AGGCGGGCAGAGCAGAGCUGCUGAUGAUGGAGUAGGUGGGACGAGGCUGGGCUCCACUCGUGGCCGUAAGGACCUGUUUGUGUCUGCAGCACCAGCACCAGCAGCAGCAGCAGUGUUUGUAAAGGCGCUUUGUGCAUCGCUAAUCCGCUCUGAUGUCACGGUGCAGAAGGAGGGGCUGAGCUCUCCGCGUUUAAUCCCGAGCAAGUUGUCUGGAGGGACAAGCCGAGCCAAACCAAGCCGAGCUAAGCGAGCAGGCAACGGGAGCAGGGGCGAUGUGUACUGCAGCAGCCGGACCCGGGCCUCUCCUCCUCUGACAUGCAGCAGGAUUUUCUUGAAGACAAGAGGAGCAUGUUCUGAAAAUUGGAGUCGGAUCACGCCCCAGCCAUGAGCCACAAGUAUCAGGGAGAGGCAUCCGGGGAAGCAGGCGAGGAGCACAAGGUGCCUCCGAGGAGCAGGCAGCCCAACGGGACGACACCCGGGGAGCCUCCAGUACGUCGAUCCUGGAGGCCAUGUCAGAUGCUCAACCAGGAUGGAGAACCGAAUCCCCAUCAUCAUCAUCACCAUCACCCUCCUCACCACCACCACCACCACCACCCACCCACCGGUCGCGGACCCCCUCGGCAUCGCCGGCGGCCUCCGUCAGGGCAAGGACAGGGGCAGGGCCAAAGCCAGGCUCAGAGUCCUGGUCUGGUCCCUGCGGUGGCUCCUUCCAAGCCGGAUGGAGAAGAGAGUCGAGACACUGAGCCUCGUCCCAUCCAGCAACCCCGCCCUGCUGUGGCCCGUUACCGCCGUCAUGGCGACCCUAACCCCAGGCUCAGAGGUCACAGACAGAGACAACCAAUCGGAGAGAUGAAGGACUCUGAGCCUGGUGCAGAUGAGAGAAAGGGUCCGGCAGAAGUGCAGGUACAGCAACGCUUGUCAGAUGAUCCUGUAAUGGACCAAUCGCAGGACAGGGGACCUCCUCACCAAACCCCCGUUGCUGUUGUCACCCCCACCCACCUCUCACCUGGUCCUGCAACCCAUAGCAUGCAACAGCACCCUCGACACAGUCCUCCUGCUGAGGCGGAGGAAGAUCUCCAGGAGUGUAAAGGGGAGUGUGAAGAGGAACCUGAGGAAGUUAAGAAGAAGGACGAAGAACAAGAACAGGCAGAGGAUGAUGGAGAUUGCCAUGACGACAUGCAGACAGUGGAUGACGAAGCUGAGGACCGUGUGGAGAGGGUGGAAGAGGAUCAGGAAGAAGUGAUGGAUGACGUAGCGGAGGACAUUGCAGCUCAGGGAAGUGAAAUCACUGAUCUCUGCUCCGACACGGAGAGCGCCGCCUCGCUCAGUAUGGACGGACCUCUCCACAGCCCACCGCCCCUCCAGUCUCCAACUCCUCCUUCAUCCCCAGACGUUCCACCCUUCCCCCAGCUUGACCACUUCAGUGAGGACACCAGUUUGAGCCCUCUGCCUGACACCGACCUACUACCUGAAGAAGAAGAUGACGAUGACGAUGACGAUUGCUCUGAAUCGUGCUCGCUGUCUCACUUCACUUCCAGCUCAGAAUCUUAUCCAAAAACCUAUGCAGACUUUUAUUCAGAGUCCCACCAAAAAUCCUACCCUGAGCCUGUUUACGAGUCGUACUCAGAGCCAAAAUCCCAUCCUAACUCUUUUCCUGAGCCCCUUAAGACCUCCUACCCCGAGUUACACAGAGAACCUCGCAGGCAAUCUGGUUGGAGGACUGAGCCUAAUGAGGCCCAGCAGGAGUCCCACCAAGAGCCCUUUAGCAGCCAUAGACAGGAGAAUGUACAAAAAGGGGCUCUGUCCUCCCCCACCAAGGGUUCCCAUUAUUCCACAAGGCAGGGUAGAGACCGCGGUUCCCAUCACUCCCCUCUGGACCGCUCAGUUGGCUGCCGGCUGCACCACUACGACGGACAGUCCGACGGUGAGGGGGACAGCGCCGAUCAAAGCCCCGUUCCCAAAAGUUGCAGGCAGGCACCUAGACAAGCAGAAACCCAGGCCAAGAGCCCUUCGUCUACGCAGAGCAGCUCAGGCGAGGCCCAGGAGGAGCGCAACACUGUGGCCCCCCCAGGGGAGGAAGGCUCCAGGGGCUCAGGAGACGCCAUCAGCCUGGCCAUUAAAGACAUUAGGGAGGCAAUUGAGGAGGUAAAGACUAAGACAGUGCGCUCCCCCUACACACCUGACAAGCCUGUGGAGCCGAUUUGGGUGAUGAGGCAGGAGGUCAGCCCCACAGAGGACGUUUACCCUCCGCAGACUACAGCUGACCAUUUGUCUCCUCACUCCCCCUCGCAGUCAGUUUCUGAGUCUCCGUCCCGCUACGCUUCAGUUCCAGCUCGGGAACCGGUUAGUCCGCUGAGAGUUGAGUCAGCCAGAGCGUUUCCUCCUCAGCAUUAUCACCAACCGCAGCCCCAACACAACCAUCACCACCACCAAGGCCACCAUCCACAGCCGAGGGACAACACGAGGCCGCCUCAGACAUACACAAAGCCACAACCGUAUGCACACGUGCCGCCUAAUCAGCAUCAACAACGUCAACAUCAGCAACAGAUUCAACAUCAACAACAGCAUCAGCAGCCUCCAGCUCAGCAGCCUCGUCCACAAGUUCAGCCACUGACGCCUCCACAGCCGCCGUCUGUCCAGGAGAUUCGCAGAUCUCUUCCUCAGUUUCCAACAUUUGUGGACGUCCCGGGACCAUGUGACCCUGAAGACCUUAUUGAUGGCAUCAUCUUUGCAGCCACCUACCUGGGCUGCACCCACCUGCUGUCAGAAAGGACACCCACAAAGAGCGCCCGAAUGCAGCAGGCCCAGGAAGCCAUGAACAGAGUACGAGCUGCUCAGAAGCAGGCGAAAAACAGGAAAAAGAGCCCCGACGGGGAGGCUCCGUCCACUGCUGAGGUUGAUCUGUUCAUGUCCACACAGAGGAUCAAAGUCCUCAAUGCAGACACUCAGGAGUCUUUAAUGGACCUGCCACUGAGGACGAUCUCCUACAUCGCUGACAUCGGUAACAUGGUGGUGCUGAUGGCCCGGGGGAAGAUGGUGCGUUCCCGCAGCGCACAGGAAAACCUGGACCACACAGCUGAGCAGACCACCAUGACCCACGACGACAGGCGACUGUACAGGAUGAUCUGCCACGUCUUCGAGUCCGAGGAUGCCCAGUUGAUCGCUCAGUCUAUCGGUCAGUCGUUCAGCGUCGCCUACCAGGAGUUUCUCAGGGCCAACGGCAUCGACCCCGAGGACCUGAGCCAGCGGGAGUACAGCGACCUGCUCAACACUCAGGACAUGUACAACGACGACCUCAUCCACUUCUCCAAGUCAGAGAACUGCAGAGACGUUUACAUCGAGAAGCAGAAGGGCGAGAUCCUGGGGGUGGUGAUAGUGGAGUCGGGCUGGGGCUCCAUCCUCCCCACCGUCAUCAUCGCCAGCAUGAUGCACGCUGGUCCGGCCGAGAAGUCUGGUCGACUCAACAUCGGAGACCAGAUCAUGACCAUAAACGGGACGAGUCUGGUGGGUUUACCGCUCAGCACCUGCCAGAGCAUCAUCAAGGGUCUCAAGUCUCAGUCCAGAAUCAAGAUGAACAUCGUCAGGUGUCCUCCAGUCACCAUGGUGCUCAUCCGCAGGCCAGACCUCAGAUACCAGCUGGGCUUCAGUGUGCAGAACGGCAUCAUCUGCAGCCUGAUGAGAGGAGGAAUCGCUGAGAGAGGAGGCGUCCGCGUCGGCCACCGCAUCAUCGAGAUCAACAGCCAGAGUGUCGUGGCGACGCCUCACGAGAAGAUCGUUCAGAUUCUGUCUAAUGCCAUGGGAGAGAUCCACAUGAAGACGAUGCCUGCAGCCAUGUACCGUCUGCUGACAGCACAGGAGCAACCUGUCUACAUCUGAACACAUUCACAGUGUUACUCAGUCUAUCUUUACUACUGUCAUCCAUCCUUUCAGUUGUUUUAACCACCUUUCUCCUCUCUCUAUCCCAUUUGAUAUCACUUGACUUGCCUUAAUCUGUACAGUACACUGUCAUGUAAACAUGUACAUCUACAGUAUGACAGCAGAAGACAGAUUAUCUCACUAGGCCGAGUGUUAAUGUGAUGUGUUAUGUUCGACCAAAGAGAAAUCGUGGAUCUUAUUGUGCGUAUUUAGGUGGCAAGCAGAGUAAAUAUUACCUUUGGUUAAAUAGCUGUAAAAUCUGAAUGUACUCUAAUCAUGUUGGACCUAUACAUUGUCAGGGCGGAGGUCAGGUUAAAGGGGAAUGCAUGUACAACUCUGCUGAAUAAACUCUAAAGAAAAGACCGUAA